CUGUUAACCACUUCGGAAGAACAACACACACACAAAACACACCUACACUGCGUGUACCGAAACCCUAGCUCAGAAGGAAUCGGAAUUAAUGGUGAAGAAACGAGUUCCUGAUUGGCUCAACAAUUCUUUGUGGUCUUCUCCGACUCCGGCCCCUAUCAUAUCUCCACCGUCGAAAUCACGAUCGAAGUCACCGCCUCCUCCUUCGUCGUCGCAUGAAGAUCGCCUUGGCGCUUUCCCUUCCAAAUCCUCCUCCGUUACUUCCUCUGAUUCUUCGCCGGUGAUGGAACCGCCUGUUCCGAUUCCACCUCCCACUUUGAUCAGACCAGAGCCUCCGAAUACACUCGCACCAACUCCGAGGACGGAAUUUGGGGAUCCACUCACCAUUAGCGGCGGUAGUGAUGAUGGCAUUACUUCUGUUGAAGACGUUUCUCGCCAAGCCAAGCUAUUACAAGAGCUUUCGAGGAAGAUUAUAAAUAUAGGAGAACUGCGUCAACUUGCUUCACAGGGAAUUCCGGACGGUGCUGGCAUUCGUUCAACUGUCUGGAAGCUGUUGUUAGCUUAUCUUCCGAGUGAUAAGGGGAUUUGGUCUUCAGAAUUGGCUAAGAAGAGGUCUCAAUACAAGCAGUUUAAAGAGGAACUUUUGAUGAAUCCAUCAGAAAUCACAAGGAAAUUGGAAGACUGUACAUCUCUUCAAAAUGGUGAACAAACAGGUGCUGGCAGGGGUUUACUAUCAAGGUCAGAAAUACCUCAUGGAGAGCAUCCUUUGAGCCUAGGGAAGACUAGUGUUUGGAACCGGUUCUUUCAGGACACUGAGAUCAUUGAGCAGAUAGAUCGUGAUGUAAAGCGGACUCAUCCAGACGUGCAUUUUUUCUCUGGUGACUCUGCUUCUGCAAAAGCCAAUCAGGAUGCUUUGAGAAGUAUACUGAUCGUAUAUGCAAAGCUAAACCCAGGUAUAAGAUAUGUGCAAGGGAUGAAUGAAAUAUUGGCCCCUUUGUUCUAUGUGUUCAAAAAUGACCCUGAUGAGGAUUAUGUGGUCAAUGCUGAAGCAGACACAUUCUUUUGUUUUGUUGAUUUAUUAAGUGGGUUUCGAGAUAAUUUUGUUCAACAACUUGAUAAUAGUGUCGUUGGCAUCCGUUCAACAAUCUCAAAGAUGUCAUUGCUCUUGAAGGAACAUGAUGAAGAGCUAUGGCGACAUCUUGAGAUCACCACAAAAGUUAACCCACAGUUCUACGCAUUUAGAUGGAUUACUCUCCUCUUGACCCAGGAAUUCAGUUUUGCCGAUAGUCUUCACAUAUGGGACACACUCUUAAGCGACCCUGAAGGUCCUCAAGAGACUUUGCUUCGGGUUUGUUGUGCAAUGUUGAUUCUUGUUAGAAGGCGUUUGCUUGCAGGCGAUUUCACAGCUAAUCUUAAGUUACUCCAAAGUUAUCCAUCCACAAAUAUCGGUCAUUUGCUCCAUGUAGCCAACAAAUUGCGUUCUCAUUCAACUCAUUGAUUGCGUACAACAUUCUCUAUAGAUUUCCCUGUACUUUUUAACGUACUUUGGUAUGAUCACAGUGUGUAAAUGUCAGCCAAUUGUAGCCUGCAGUUUGCAGGAACAUUGUUUUACUUCAUUCCUACACCAAUAUUUUUUAGUGCCC